GGUUCUGGUAGCGCCUUUCCCUUCCUGCAUCCCCACCCCGUUGAUUUAUAUGAACAUAGUUCUAUCUCUCCGUUUCUUGAGCCCCAAAUAAGAUUAUUUCUUCUUUCUCUCUUUCGUUUUCGUGAGUCGGCAUUUGAUUUUGAUUAAUAUUUACCGUCUUGUGCAGCCGCUCAUUUAAUCGAUACCGAUCUGUCGCCGACGACAAAAUACUCCGCAGCCAUGGUCGUCAGACGUUCUUUGACGCCCGAGACGUUUCUCACUCUCCCCCGGCGAGGCGACCUCGUACCUAAUGAAAACGGCACCCUGGGCCUCUUCAGUGUCUCGACUCCUGAGCUUGGCGGGGUAACCAAAGAAGAGUGGCGGGUCGUCCGUCUGAGCUCGAGCGAGUCUUGGACGCUGAUCAAGAACGACAAGAUCAAGACUCAUGAUGUUAGCUGGCUCCCGGGGACCGAUGGUAAAAAGAUUGCGUGCCUUCGGCGCUAUGACCGAGGAGCCACCGAGCUGGUCAUUGCCGACGCGGCGCCUCCCACUAUUGACCCGAAUCUUUCGAUCCAGUCUGUUGACUUGUUUGACGGCGUGGUCCAGCAUCUGAAGCUUCACCUGCUAGCCGACGGCUCGGUUGCCUUUGCUGUCGUCGGCCUGGCUGGAGAGGACGGCAAUCUGUACAACGAGGAGAAGGCGCCUAAGAGUUUAUCAAGUGCCCGCAUCUACGACACGGCUCGCGUUCGAGAGUGGGAUACUUAUGUCAAGCCACAAAAAUAUGCCAUAUUCUAUUCGAAACUGGUCCGCAGGGACAAUGGGCAGUGGUCCGUGGCAAGCCAGCUCCACAACUGCGUCAAGGACACGGCCCUAGAAGCUCCAGCAGACAUGUACAUCCCGGGCAACCCGUCUGGAAACUUCGAUAUCAGCGCCAAGGGCAUCGCCUUCGUCGCCCACGACCCGAACCCUUCCAAGAUUCACUACUCCAACGCCUCCGACGUCUUCUUUGCCCCCGUGGACUCGUGGUCCGAGGCUACUGAACACCGCGCAACAUGCAUGACGACAGGGAACGAAGCUGCUCUUGGAAUAUCUGCUAAUCCGCGGUUCUCGCCUGACGGGACCAUGAUCGCAUAUCUCAAGACGCCUUUUGCCAACGAGGCCGAUACGCGGCUGAUUAUCGGCCAAAUCUGCUCACUUAUCGCCGUCGAUGUCUUCAAGACGGUCAUCGACUCGUCGUGGGAGCUUGUUCCCUCAUCCUUCGAGUUCGCUCCCGACGGGGAAUCGAUUCUCAUCGUUGCCGACGACCACGGCCGCCGCGCUCUGCACCAGCUCAAAUUGCGCCACCACACCAAGCCGAUAGCUCUCGUGAAGAACCGGUCCGUGUCGGCGGUCUACCCCCUCACCAGCGGCAGCGGAAGCCUCCAGGUCUUGGUCACUGCUUCGACGGGGAUCGAGGGCAGCAUAUACGCAGUUGUUGACACGGCCCAAAAGUUGGAAGACCGCAUAAUCUCUUCGACCAACUACGGCGCCAAGUUCGGAUUGCACGGCAGCCAGGUCUCUGAGAUCUGGUUCGAGGGCGCCAACGAGACUUGCGUGCACGCUUGGGUUACAUAUCCUUCAAACUAUGAUGAGAAGAAGAAAUGGCCCGUCAUAUUGGAGAUUCAUGGCGGGCCCGCAGACUCGUGGAGAGAUGACUGGCACUGGCGGUGGAACGCAGCGCUGUGGGCUGAGCAAGGUUACGUCGUCGUGCGCCCAAAUUUCACCGGCAGCGUUGGGUACGGGGUAAAAUUCGCGUCCGGCAUCUACGGCGAGUGGGGAGGGAAGCCAUAUCAAGACCUUGUACACUGCAUGCACUACCUCGCCAAGAUCCCAUCCCUCGACAUGGACAGGGUCGUUGCUGCGGGAGGGAGCUACGGCGGGUACAUGGCUGCCUGGAUAUUGGGCCACGCCCUGGCGCAGAAAUUCAAAGCCAUCAUCUGCCACGACCCGUGCUUCGACAUGCGAAUGACGUUUCUCUACAGCGACGAGACGGGCGGAAUCAGCGACUUCAACGGCCCGCCGUACCCGUGGGCCAACGCCAAAUCUCUCGACAAGUGGAAUCCAGCACGCCCCGAGCUGCUGCAACGCUGGGCGCAGGCGCCACCAACACUGGUGAUUCACAGCGACAGGGACUUUCGGUGCCCCGUCACGGACGGGCUGGCCGUGUUCAGGACACUGCAGGCGCACGGCGUGCCCAGCAGGCUGCUCAACUUCCCGGACGAGAACCACUUCGUCCUGAAGCCCGAGAACUCGCUGGUAUGGCACCAGACUGUAUUUGACUGGAUCGAGAGCUGGGUGGGCAAAGGGCCGAUGGAGUAGGGACUGGGCUGCACCUCCCUGCUAAUCAUAACCCUGUGCUGGGAUGUCCUCUUGAGAUUUGGAGGCUCUUUAUUACAAAUUCGAGCGGCGUCUCAGCUUUCAGCAGAUCGGGGAGCGGUUCUUGCGAGAAAAUUGUCGCAAUCGGUGAACAUGGCAAGUUUUGCUCAGCCGAAACUUUUGAGUAGAAAAAUGUGUGACAUGAUUGCUGCCUCGCUGAGGGCAUUACAAUCUGUAAAAAAAUGCUCCUUGUCAACCUGUACGCACUAGGCCUUUGUAGGCGUAGAUCCUCGCUUGGUAAACAUGCAGCCCAAUUGGGCCUAGUCACAUGAC